AUGGCUAUGUAUAUGUUUAAUUUACAUAUUCCUUUGGGUUAUGGAGGCAUGUCUGUUGCUGCGUAUGCAUUGAAUCAACCUGUUCUUGAGCCACAGACUCAAGCACUUUCCUUGCUUGUUUUCCAGAUCUUAGAACUCAGUGGAGCUCUGUUUCUACUAAGCAGGACCAUUAAGCCGCAGCAUGACCUUUUAACUUUGUUCAAAGCUAAAAAGUUAUCAGAAGAGAGGAACUGGUUGCUGGCAUCUGCACUGGGUCUUGGGUUUCUUAUUUUGUUGGUUUUCUCUACGUUGCUCAUUGCUGACAGAUUAUUUGGGGCAAAGGCUGCCAGCAAUUCCAUAAUGAAGGAGAUACUUCUAAGCAGCAACAUAUCGAAAACUGCGAGUGUCCUUGUUAAUUGCAUCAUCGCUCCCUUAACUGAAGAAGCUGUUUAUAGAGGGUUUUUAUUGACGUCUCUUGCCGCCACACUAAACUGGCAAAAGGCAGUUGUCAUAAGCUCAGCCAUCUUCAGUGCAGCUCACUUUUCAGUCCACAAUUUUCUACAAUUAUUUAUCAUUGGGUGUGUGUUAGGAUGCUCUUAUUGUUGGUCUGGCAACUUACGUUCUUCCAUUGUUAUACAUUCCCUGUACAACACCUUGAUACUAUUGAUGACAAUUUUGUCUUGA